UAGUCACUAGUUUCUAAGCUCAACACUAUUCACUUAUACAUCUGUCAAAAAUGGUGGAUUUGUUCUGUCACUGUGGCUUUGCGGUGUAAUUUUUAUAAAUUUUUGGUAGUAAUUCCGGCCAUGUUAUAGUUUGUUUAGCAGAAAUUAGUUAACGCACAAUGGAAGAAGAAGAUCCCGUAGUCCAAGAGAUACCGGUUUUCCUGUCUCAGUCGUUAGCAAAGCACCUGUAUGUGUAUCAAUACCCAGUGAGACCAGCCAAUAGGGACUGGAAAGAUGUAAAAGUAGUGAAUGCUGCUAUAAAGCCAAGGAACAAGAUGGUUCGGCUGGAAGUUGGUCUAGACACGUACAGCGAUCGGUAUUGCACCUCUAAAGGCGAGCAAAUUGCUAUUAACACCGACGGACAGCAGGAAUCAUCAUGGCAUAUCAAGGAAAGAGAUAAGUCUCAGUAUUUUAAGCAUGGUGUUAUGGAUAAGAUAGUGUAUGAAAGCAGUACUCCUUGUACCGAGACCGAGCAUUAUGCUGUGGCUAUACUGCAAGAUAAAGAACUGCAUUGUACACCUAUACAAGGUGUUAUCCAAAUGAGGCCUUCCUAUUCUUACUAUGAUAAGCAAGAUAAACAUCAGAAAGACAAGAAUAAUUCAGAUUCCGAUGAGGAAGAGAAGGAAGCUGAAGCGCAGCAGGUGACAGUAAAGUUUGCACGUCAAGAAACAGAAGUGUCUAAAAAAGCAAGAGAAAAGUCUUUUGAGACAAUGUCACAGAAGGUAAAUGAAGAAAGCUGGUAUGAUGCUCUAUGGAAGUCAAGUGAAACUGAUCAUGCUGAGUUGGAGCGCAUGAAGUUGUUCAGUGCGACUGCGUCGAGUGGGUCCGCGCUGCUGGUGGGCGCGCGGGAGUACGUGCGCGCGCUCGUGCCCGCCGCGCCCAAGGACGAGGCCGGCGCCGCGCCCACGCAGCCAGAACAGCUGCACGACCAGAUCAAGGAGAUACUUAUCAAUGCUAAGCUGAUGACGUUCUCGGAGCUGCGGUCGCGCGUGGCGAGCGGGGCGGGCGCGGCGGGCGCGGCGCGGCUGCUGACGGCGCUGGGCGGCGCGGGCGUGUGCGUGCGCGGGCUGUGGGCGGCGCGCUCGCCGGACUACUUCACCACGCGUCGCGCGCUGCCCGUGCCGCAGCGGCUGCUCUGCGCCGCUAGGGACCACGUCCUGUAUCUCUUCACACAACACCCGUACAUUGACCGGCGAAAGGUAGCCGCAGCUGUCCGCCUCCCACCCGAACUUGUUCUAGACAUUAUCCGGUCAGUCGCCAAGUUCAACCCGAACACAGGUUGGGAGCUCAUCCUGCCGCCCGACGUUGCCUUCGAGGCCAAGUACCCUGACGUCAUUCAGCGACAAAACCUCAAUUGGGAAGCUCGACAAAGACUUUUCAACGAAAUGAUGAUCGGCGAAAACAUACCCAAAAGGCAAAGGAAGAAAUCUCAGAGGGAUUCUGUCUCAUCAGACACCAUGAUGAGCCCCAAACCCCGGAAUAACAGUGUUAGUGAAGAAGACAGUGAUCGAAAGAGGCAUAAGAAUAAAUCAGCCUCUGGUAGUGGGAAAAGGACUAGAAAUAUUAGCUCAAGCAGUGCCCAGGACGCCACGUGAUCACCGCCAUAGCUAGGUUAUCAAAUUGUAGAAUAGUGCCGCCCACCAGUGCUUAGUGAUCGUAAGUGAACUGUGAGCCUUCAUUGUGGAUCAAUGAUAAACCAAUUAAACUUUUUUACUUUUGAUAAAACUAUUUACGAUAGUGAUUUAAAACGGCAAUCGUUAAAAUGACUUAGUUAAACUCUGUAAAGUACAUUCAUAGGAAAAUAUAUAAUCACACACUUUUUACAACUACACUUACAUUUGUUCUUCCAACAAAUAACAUGAAAUGUUGUAAUAGGAUUAUUUUCUAAAGGACAGACUUUGCAUUAGUAAGAAUGUUAAGUUGUUUAGUGAAACUAGUUAUUCUUCAAUUUUCUUGAAGAGUGUUAAUCUUUAAUAAGUUUUCGUUUUUUAAUGCAAUUGUUAAAUCUUUAAUGAAUUAAUUUUAACAUUAUCGUUUUGCAAAUAUUUAUUAAAAGGAUGUAUAAUUGUAUUUAUACAUCAUGGAGUUGUAGUUCACUGUGUAUGUCAUUAAAUGAGCGUAAAGACUAAAUAAUUGUUAAUAACAUGACAUUGGCUUGUAAUCCAGUAACAAAGUUACUAUUCUUGAGGGUUACUGAUUUGGAAGACUUAAGAAAGUCAACCUUAGCGCAGCGAGAUAAGAUUUAAAAUGUUACGAAUUAUGCUGAAGUGAUUGUAUAAUAAGUAUGCUUGCAGCUAUAUCAUAUUUUUGUGGCUGCUUAGCAGCUUCAUAAAGCUAAAUAACUGUGAUGUGAUGUUAUGUUCUGGUGGAAUUAUGGUAAUAUUCUCAAUUUUAGCCCAAUAUCUUUUUAUGAAAAUCAAUGAAAAGUUGAAUGUUAUUUUUCUACAUCUAAAUGUAACAUAACAACACGAAAGUUCCAUACAAGUCAUACAUUACACUGCCAGCCAUAUGUAAAACUAGAUAAUGUAACAACUUAUUUUUUUAUAAUAAUGAUAGUCUGACUACACUGUCAAUUCAUAACCUAGUUAACUAUGAUUGAAGAGUAGCAAUAACACAAAUUCCUCAUAAAACAUUACAUUGUUGACUUAAAUCACUGAAAUGAUUUUAGUAAGAGAUAACUAUACCGUUGAGUACAUGUAUGUAGACGAAUCACGUGACUUAUUCUCAUAUAUCAGAGUGAAUUGCAUCAAUAUAAGCAUGGGAUUAUUUGUGCAUUAAAAUUGAUCUAAAAAUAAGCAACCAGUGAAGUUUCUGUAACAUUUUCGGCUCAUUACGUCGAAUCUCAUGCUCAGUUUCCACACAACAAUUGGAUUUUUGUUAAAUUUAGUUUCUACUAGCUAGACUAUUGUUAAUUAUACUAGGCUAGAAAUAAAAAAGCGGAGUUUCCUAUUAAAUGUCAAAUAACAAGCUUUAAUAAGCUACUUUACAAGUCUAUUUGUUUAAGUAUAUCACUACAAUUACUUACAAUGAUUAUUGAUUAAUUGAUUAAUUGAAUUGUAGCUUAUAAAAAUUCUGUGUAUGAAAAUAACAUUAAAAUUUUAUACAACGUUUAGUUGGUUUAAAGUUCAGAAGACUUACAUACAUAAAUGACUAGAUAUUUCUAGCCUAGAGUCUCCAAAUCACUGAAAGCGUAAGUAAUUGACAUCAAGAAGUCCUCUGAAAGUCCUUACCAUAUUGUUAACGCGCUUUGAAAUAUAGUUUGUUUUCAAAGCUUAUUUGUGUGACUUAAUACCUAAACGAAUAGACUAUGUAAACAAUUAUGUAUUUGCAAUUGUAUAUAAAUGUAGUAUGUAUGUAUAACAGUAUGCUAUCAUAAUGUAAAUUGUGUAAUGGCAAUUUGUGAUUUAUCGUUAAGUAAGUUGUUAAUUUUUUGUAAGCGAAAAAAACAACCGUUUAUUUA